CUUGAGAAUGGGGAGUUUUAGUCGGAACAUCACAGUUGCAGUUCUUAGCCUGGUGCAGUUGUUCCACUUGGCCCCGAUUUGCAACGCACAAACGGUGACGGAUUGUCUCCGGCGGGUUCCGGAGUCGUCGCGUGGAAAAAUUUGCGACAUCCGGCAGUAUCACGUUACGGCGAGAGGAGAUGAUGCCGAUCGGUACCUUAGCUGUGCCUUGGCAGCAAUCCGAUUCGUCGGAGAGGAUGGUUCGGUUCAGAGAAAUGUUCUCCUAUCGGCACUGGAUGAGGUCGAAACGCACGAUGGCGUGUAUACGGACAGCGUUGACGCUUGUCUAUCGAAAACGCGGAAGUUAACCGGGACCGAGCGUCCGGGUGCGUUUUUCGCCUGCAUGCUUGCGACGGAGUCGGCACAGAACUUCAAAGAUGCGCUGGAACUGCAGGAACUGAAGGUUGGUGGGCAGUGGACCGAAGGGGAAGCGUUUGAUGGGGCCAGGGUGCACCAGUUGGUGCAGGAAGUGAACAGAAAGCUGCAGUGUAAAUAA